GGGAACUCUGGGACGAGGCUACGCCGCCAUAUUGACCUUGACAGAAGUCCCGUUUUAAAUUCUUCACAAAUAUUUUUACAAUGUUUCGUUCGAUUGCUCAAAGGUUAGGCGCUACUGCUACAACAGUCGUUAGGUCAAAUAUACAAAGAACUACCCCAGUUGUCUGCACAGUUAGACAUGGGCAUGGCAAGAAGGAAACUGACGAAGAGGUAGACGCAAGAUACGAGGCUCUCUUCAAUAACCCAGAACUUGAUGGCUGGAUGUUCAGAAAAGCUUGUAAUGAUUUGCAGGGCAUGGAUAUGGUACCUGAGCCUAGAAUUAUAGUAUCUGCAUUGAAAGCCGCCAGACGUUUAAAUGAUUAUUCCCUUACCACAAGAUAUCUUGAGGCUGUCAAAGCAAAGUGUGGCAACCGUCUUGAUGUUAUCUGGCCCUACAUUCUGCAAGAGAUCAGACCUACCCUCGAUGAGCUUGGCAUCUCAACACCAGAGGAGCUAGGGUUCGACAAACCUGAGCUAGCUGUAGAAGAUGUACAAGAUAUCCAUUAACUAAUUAAUAAAAUCUUAGUCAAUUGAAGCUGUAUAUCUAGGAAAAAAACAAUAUAUAAACAGUUAAGAUUUGGUGACAAAUCAGUUUUUAACUGAACAUAAACAACUAUGAAGGAUGUGUUAAAAAUAUUAAUUCUAUUUAUUGAAGACUGGA